UCGAGGACAUGAUCCGGGAAGUAGACAUCGACGGAGAUGGACGCAUCGACUUCGAGGAGUUCGUCAAGGCUUUGGGCGAAAACGAAGAAGACGAGGAACAGAGAGAGGACGAUGAUGACGAGGAAGAGGAGAAGAAGUGAAUAGUUCUCCGUGUUCAGCAGUGGAAUUAGUUUUAAUGUGUGUUCAAUUAAUCAUAAUGAAGAUUAGGUUGUGAUUUUGUUAUCAUGUGCCAAAGUGAGGAACUGCAAUACAAUGUAAAAUAAAGUUAUAAUGACAGCAAAUCAGAAGUGUUAAUUAUAAUUCUAAAAUUAAUAACGAUAAUGAUAAUAAUGAUAAUGAUAGUAUAGUAAAAAUGAUAAUGAUAAUGGUAAUGAUAAUAAUAAUUAUAAUGAUAAAAACGAUGGUAAAGAUGAUGAUAGUAGUAAUGAUGAUAAUGAAGAAAUAAUGCCAGUAAUGAUGAUAACGAAGAUAUUGAUAAUAUGAUGAUAGCAAUGACAUAGUCUGCAUAAUGAUGGCAAUGAUAUCUCUUCUCAAAUAAUUUGACGGAAAAUUGUUGUAGCUGAUUAAUAUCAAUAAAAAAUCGUCUUUUUAUGUAAUUACGAAAACUGGUAUAUGUAUAUAACUAGAAUAUAAAGCUGGGCAGAAAUAGCUUCUGAUUUAAUGACGUAUUAGAAUCAUACUUAUAAAUUAUAUAGAUUAUAGAUAUAAUGAAUUCAUAUAUGUAUAAAAUGUUGAAUGUUGAUAUUAGUGAAUGAUUUGUGACUGUGUUCCUGCCAUAGAAAUUUUGCAUCUGUGUUUUCUUGUUAGCGGGUUAUUUUCUUUGUCAACAGAAUUUGUAAUUGUUUUUGUUGGUCUGCAUUAGACGCACUUAAAUUAC